AUGCUGCCACAGCCGACUUUGUACACAUCCAUGGCUUCAGGCACCGCAUCUCCUGGCCUUCCAGUUCCUCCAGUUCCCCAGGCCCUCGACCCAAAUUUGGAACAAUUCAUUCGCCAAGGGUUCUUGGUUCUUCCACCAGCCGGCAGUCCACAGCUACAUUCCCAGAUCUACUCGAAAGCUUGGGCCAUCAACGCGAAGGGCCCUGAGGAGACCUGGAAGCUCUCAGAUGGUGUCCUUCGGGCCAUCCCGGAGCUCCAUCAAGUGCUGGAAGUGCCGCAUGUCCGCCAAGCAUUGACUAGCAUCUUGGGCGACGGAUACAUGCUACAUGGGCAUAGGCACCUCCACGUGAGCUCCGAGAACAACCAAAUGUGGCACAAGGACUCCUACUGGGGCUUCCGUAAAGUCCGGAAACAUCGGCCGCGUUGGCUGAUGAUGCUCUACUACCCGCAGGAUACUGUCAUUGCCAUGGGACCGACCUGUAUCAUGGCUGGGUCCCAAUACUGGACCAAGAACACGGAGCACGCCGAGUGUGGAGAAGACAUUCUGCUGCCUGACUCUGGUGUUCAGAGCAUGUUUCUUCCGGGGAGCCCCUCAUCGCAAGCCCGCUGCCUCCUCGAAGCAAAGGCGAACUACUUGAGGCAGGAUGCAAACCUGGUACAGGAGCUGGAACUUACCGUUUCCGCGGGCACCUGUGUCUUGAUGCAUUACGACCUCUUCCACAGAGCCAGUUCUCGCAAGGGAAGCGCAGCACCCGAGCGCUUUUUGGUUAAGUUCCAGUUCCUGAGGACCACUGAGCCGUGCCCGGCCUCGACCCAGGCGGUCCUCCAAAGCCCUUUGGGAGUCCCCCCGAGCCCUCCGCCAGCGCCCUUGCAGCUGGAGGCGAUCCUUGAGGACCUACGCGCGUGGUACUGCGGAAUCCAAACAGAACGGCACGGCGGGAUCUCCCUGCUCUCCGAGCGGGCAAAAGAUGCUGAGAUCCUCUGUGGAGACUACGGUGAGGCGGAGAAGGUGGCGGCGGCUUAUCGCCUUGGCCGGGUGGGUGCCCGGCAGCUGCUCGCUAGGGCUCUGACUGCAGACGAAUCCACUGCGAGAGCCGCUGCUUACGGGCUCACGACUGCUGGCCCAAGCGCGGCGAGCGCGGUGCUGCCGCUUUUGAGCAACGCCUCGAAUCGUGCACGGCGCCUUGCUGCGUUUGUCGUGGGGGAGACUGCAAAACCCGAGGCGUCCACCAUCGCAACACUGGGACAAGCACUUCGCUCUGCGGGCUCUAGCAAAGAGGCCCAGUGUGAACUCUUGGAGGCAAUAGGAUUGGUGGGCGCUCGAGCUCGUUCUCUUGGACAAGAUGAUUUGUGCAAUUCAUGCAUGCUGGAAGUUCUUCCAUAUCUAGAGCAAUCCGGAGCUACUUGGGCAAAGACUCAAACCGGCGAAUGUGCGGCCUAUGCCAUUUUGCUGGCGGUGGGGCUCAAGGGCCAGGUGCCACCACAAGUCCUCGCCAAGCUUGUCGGUGUGAUCACAACGAAGGGCGACCAUCUGAUGGCGAAUUUCGCAUCCGAGGUGCUUCGGAGAAGCGGCACGCAGCCGCUGCAGAUGCAGAUCGCCAAGCAGUACAUUCUGGCAGGACCACCUGCGACAUCUCAAGCUGAGCCACCUGCCAAACGUCCGACCCACACGGUGCAGUCACAUCCUGUGGCAUCGUUUCUGAGGAGCUCAGCUGUGAAGGUUGCACCGUGGACACAACCAGAGACAAAGAUCGCAAGCUAUGUUGUGAGGCACUCGCUGAAGGAUCCUCUCGGGCAGGACAUCAAGGUAGACUGGCCCACGCCGGAGGUUUUGCUGGAGCCCCUGACAGAUCCCUGGACAGCCAGGAUGGACACGCCCUACGUCUCCACCUCCUGA